AUGAACGACACUGGGUGUGUUCAUUCUUUGUUUUUCGAAAUUUUUAUUUUCAACAGAGAUGCAGCAUCCUGGCAGAACGAUGAUUUCCAAAAGCAAAUCGUAUCCGUUCAAGACGAGCUUCGUAAAUCCGACUAUAUUUGGGACAAUGACGAAGACUUGGAGCGAGAGAGUUCGAGGCACAAACAUCUGCUGGACGCAAUAGACCAGUUGAAAGUAGAGCUACCUAUAUGGAAGGAGAAGUUGAAGAACGCCAAAGUUUGCGGACCAGACUGCAAGUUGAAGCAUGAUGAUCUAAACAUUAACCUCGACAUUCUUACUCCAGCUGAGCUACUUCGCACCGUGAAGCGGUUUGAGAGGAUCAAGACCGACCUGAUCAGCACUCUUCGCAGCAAGGAGUGGCGCCUGGAUUCCGAGUCCAAGUUGUUCGUCCGUGUGAACGACCAGCGGACUUACCUGCAGAACGAACUGAUGAUCUGCCAGAACAACAUCAUGCGUCUGCAGAGAAACGGCUCGUAUUGGCAAAACGUCUCCAGACGAGACGAGCGAAUGCUGGACAAGCGAAGACCUCUCCAGAAGGUCCUAGGUUCGGGCCUAGCCCCGCGCCUGCCCCCCAUCGCCACCUAAUGUGCUUCACCACUACACCAUUUCACCAGGUAUUUAUUUAUAAUUCUUAAUUUCUGAGGGGGCAUUUUCGUGAGAAGUAUCACCAAAGAUAUUUUUUUAGUACAGAUGGUGCUUUUUUUACGCACUAGUGCGAGAAGUGGUUCAUUAUGUCAGGUCGAAACUUGGUAUGGCCAUCUGUACUGAAAAACGUCGUACGAUACAC